AUGGCGGUCGCGGCGGCGAGCCGAGGCCUGCGCGGAGCGCUGGGGCGGCGGCAGCGGAGCGGGGCGGGCAGCGGCCCCGACAGCGGCCCCUCCGAGCGCCGCCCCCGCAGCGAGCGCACCCCAAAAAUCUACACGAAGACGGGAGACGCAGGCUUCUCCAGCACCUUCACCGGGGAGCGGAGGCCGAAGGGUGACCGGAUCUUCGAAGCCCUGGGAGCCACGGAUGAACUGAGCUCGGCCAUCGGGCUGGCUGGUGAAUUUAGCAGUGAAAAGGGCCAUGAGUUCCUUGAACAACUUCACAAAGUCCAGUGCAUGCUGCAGGAUGUGGGCUCCAACCUCGCCACACCGCUCUCCUCAGCCAGGGAGGCUCACCUGAGAAGAACAUCUUUCAGUGAGAAGCCCAUUCUGGAGCUGGAGCAGUGGAUUGACAGCUACUCGGAGCAGCUUCCUCCUCUCAGAGCUUUCAUCUUGCCGUCGGGAGGUAAAAGCAGCGCCGCUCUCCACCUGUGCCGAGCCGUCUGCCGCCGAGCUGAAAGGUGCGUGGUCCCUUUGGUUCAAGCAGGGGAAGCAGACCCAAAUGUGGCCAAAUACUUAAACAGGCUGAGCGACUACCUCUUCGUUUUGGCACGCUACGCUGCCAUGAAGGAAGGGAAGGAAGAGAAGAUCUAUAUAAAGCCUGACCCAUAACUGGGAGCUGGAAUCUUUGUGCCCUUGCUCAUGGGAAGCUAAAUCCAGCAGACUGAUUCCUCUCAUCAAGGAAGGGCAGGAGAAUGAGCCUGGGCUGGAAAUGGGAGCUGCCAAGAACUUCCUGC